CGUCAUGUGACUUAAUCAAAGUCGUUAUGGUAAUGUACGGCCGUAAACUAGAAAACUGUCGUGGUUAUGUUUGCGUUGCCAUUUUCGCUGUGCUAAUGUGAAAACCUAACUGGAGACCUUUAAUCUACUUUCUAUUGAUGCCUUUCACAGAGGAUAUCCGGAUAUUUGGAAUGACAUAAAGGCGCUGUUUUAAGCUUCCCUUUUCCCAGCUGAACACGGAAGCCUGAGGAUGAGUAAGGGGUCUAACCUUAGAGAAUAUGUAUCCCACAACCCUCCAGGGGUAACUUUCUUCCUGUGCCUCUUAACUCUUGCAUUCUCAUUCAUCGUUCUCAGCUCUUACAGCUACUCUCACUCUCUACCUAAUCCUGACAUAGAACAGGACUGGAAUACUCUACUUUUGUCCUUCUCAAAUUUUCACUUGUGUGAGAAGGAAAAUGCAAGUUCUCAAGCCCACGCCACCCCAAUUGCUCCUCUACAAACGAUGCAGGAAAAGGAUAAGAAAACAUCAAUAAGUGCAACAAGUUCUUCUUCUGUCACGGAUUUGCAUCUUCGGGUUCCUCUGACUGUGACUUCUUCCUCACCAACUGGGACGCUGAAAGACACUGUUCUGUUCACAACAUUAACAGCCAGACAGCUUAAGCUUGGAGACAAAGAACUUGUUAGUUUGGCAUUGGAGAUCUUACCUGAAGACAGUGAACACAUAUGCCUCACUAUAAGGGCUCCAACACACAUCCUACCUAUGACUCCGCUCCCUCCAGAGUGCUCUGCAUCAGAGUCAAAUAUUUCAAGAGUUCCUGUGGAAGUGACCAAUCAGCUGCCUGCAUCAUCUCAAACCUGCUACAGCAUGCACUUUAAGAAAGACCCAUCCUUGACAGUCAUGUUAACUCUGGAGGAGCAAAGUGUGGCGGUGAAACAUCUGGUGGAAGUCACCGCGUUGCUGCUUGGUGUUUGUUUGAUUCUCUGUAUAGCGGCAAGCUUAAAAACCUCCGUCCCACAUCGAGGAUAUCUUACAGGACAAAGCUCUCAAAGUGAGCCUUUGAUUGAAAGCUGAAGUGUGACUGUCCUACACAGAGGAAAUUCUUUGGCGGAUGAAACAGAGCAAAAUAUUCCCACUUAUUUCACGACACUCAUUUACAUGGUGUUCUUUGCAUUGCACCACAUGCUUUUCAUUGCUGCUGACCCUGUAACUGUACUUAUAAAAAUACUUUAGCAGUAUUUAUGGUUGGCACACGCAGGCAUCCAAAUUAUGUAAAUGUAUGUAACAUUUGAGUAUAAAUCACAAGUCGCAAUGUGACUGUGGUAUCGUAAAGACCUCAGAUAGCAGGUCCAACAUGUAUUGGUAUGUGCUCUCUGCUGAGAAUAUGAGUUCUCUGACUGCAUAAUUGUAUAAAGGGUACAUUUCUUUCUAUGUUUUAAUUUAAUGAACUUUGCAUAUUAAGGCCAACUGCUUUGCAAAUAAAAUUUGAUAUCUUAAUUUUAAUGUGAAUGAGAAGAACUAGUAUUGUUUUAUGAUUGAAGUAUUCCAGGUAAAUUUGGUGAGAAUGAGUUCAAUUAAUGUCUGUAUUUGGCAGGUUGUAUCAUUAAAUAUUCUCGAACACAAA